AUGGCAGCUCUGCGGCUCUCCUCGUCGCCCACGUUGGUGUCGCCGCCGGUGCCACCGCCAACGCCCAUCUCGAACACGACGGUGCUCUCCAAGUCGCCCAGGGAAUCCAAGACGUGCUCUCCGAUCCUGCUGCGGCGAUCCUCCUGCUCGGAGGACACGCUGCCCGGUGCGGUGUUUUAUGGGCCGCUGGACGCUAAAAACCCGCUCCUGGCCUCUUGUGAGAAGGAGAUCCAGGAGUUGCUGGGUUUUAUGAAGAGGAAGAAGACUGGAGCGACCACGGAGGACCAAGUGCACGACGUCCACCGGCGUUGUGCCACCUCUUUGUUUAAUAUCUGGACCAAAUACGCCCCCCGGCUGCCGGCUGCUUAUUACAACAAGAAGCUUCUGCAGGUUGGAGAUAGCCUUUGUCAAAUGAAAGAACACAGAUUGGCCCUCGUGCAGUGCUACGGGAGAUACCUCCAGCAGUUCAGUGCCAACGUUGACGAGUCCAAAGCGGAUGGGAUGCAAUUCAAAACCGUCUUUUUUCCCAAAGGCCUGGGAGAUGAAACUGCUGGACUGACAUUUCAUGCUUUAAACAGCAAAAAUAUUUGCACCUACCAGCUGGUCUGUGACAGUGAUGCAAACCUACAGAAUAGAGAGUCUGUGGUCCAGUGUCUGCACAUCUUGUCCUCCAUAAGAAACAUCAUGCAGGUGGCUUUGCCCCAGGAGCACCUCUGCUGGAUUAUUUUCAAUGCAAAGGAACACAGUUAUCCUUUUUGCUUUUUAAUAAAGAAUAAGUGCAGAAGCCAACACAGCCAGUUUGAGAGAAAUCCACAGUCGGUCUUCGCGGAGGGGUCCAGCAGUGCCAACAUCAGGGAGGCCUCCCAUGCCUUAGAAUACCUGCUGUGGGCCAGUAUCUGCAUGGAGUCCUCCGUGCCCCUGCUGUCCGUCAGGUACCUGAGCUGGAGAGCCACGCUCUACACCGCCGUGUGCCACUGCUACUUUGACUGCCAGUACGGGAUUUAUGGGGAGUCAUUUGCUCGGCGUGCCUUAGCUAAAAUUGAUGAGUUAAGACAACUGGAAUUGUGUUCCUUACAAUCACAGGAGGAAUUGAGAAGAAAUUAUAGAGAGGCCGCAAUAAAGAUGUCAGUGAUGAUCUUCAAAAGAGGCGUGUUUGAAUCCAGAAGAAAGAACAAAGCUUUCUUUAGACCCAAACAAAGAUUAAACCUAAGGGAAGCACAAACUCUGCCAUGGCCACGUACCGUCACCGAACGGCUGUUGGAAGACAUGUUCGAUAGCACCGCGUCCCGGUUUCUGGCCGUUUUGGAAGCUCUUUCUGAUUCAAAUAGGCGGAUACUGCAAACGGGACCUAUUGCUUCAGAUGAAGUAGAGAUUCGGGAUGUUGUCUCAGAGCUGUUUAUAGCAGGCAAAGAACUUUUAGUAGUUUCAAAUUUUCACACGGAUGGAAUGCUUGAGUUUUCAAAAUCAUCUCUCCUGGAGUAUAUUCUAGAAAGACAAAAUAUCAUUUCUCUAGAAGCUGCUGUGAAAUUUACAAAAUUAGCCUUUAAUUAUGAGGAAUGGAGUUUAUUUGAAUCUCUAGCUGUGCAACUUCUUUAUUUUCUCCAGAAGCAGAAUUAUCCAGAGGCAAAGAAAGCAGAGAUGGAUUUAACUCUUCUUCUUGCAAUAGAGCCUUUAAUUAACAUAAAGAGAAGCAAAGGGUUGGUCUUCCCUUUGGAAAGCUUCAAAGAUGGACCCUGUGCUCAAGUACAAGUAAGAAAGCUUCAUCUUCAGGAAUCUUGCAUACAAGGUGUUGCAUUUUCAGAAGAUAUUUUCCAGUUGGCAGCAACCUUAUAUAACUGCAUCUGCUCCCCUCCGCAGAAUGUCAAGCCCGAUAAAGAGAUUGUUGUGGACAUGAUAAUGUUCCUGUGGCAGAGAUGCAAAUCGGGGGUUCAGCGGAUCAGUGUGUCCAAGAGUGACUAUUCCAAAUUCUUCCAGAAAAUCAGUACUAACAAAUGGGUCUAUCUUCUGUGGCAGAUAAAUGAAAUCAUUCACUCCUACAAAAUGGACGGCAUUGACAUUGUGAUGGCUGCAGAGAUCACACUACGAUUAUGUGAAAUAUUGGAAUCCUUGGGAAGCCCAACAAGAAAAUUUAAAAAGUCUAUAGUUUUGCAGAUUCCGUCUGUUAGCAGAAACGUUUCCACAAAAGGUCUGGAAAAAUCAAAGCAAUCUGAAAACACUGAUUGUUUUACAGAAUUAAGUGUAAUGAAUAAAAUAAAGAAGAAUAAACUAUCAAAAGCAGUUUAUUUGAUGCAGAAAGCUCUUUUAAUAUUUGAGAAAGAUGCAACCUGUACAUCUUCACGUGACUGUUUGAUGGAAGCAUAUUCUUUAAUUGAGAAAACAGAAGGAGAACAGAAUGCUCUAUAUUUAUAUCAGAGAGACUUUGAAAAUUUGAAACGAAAGAAAAGCAGAAUCCCUCCUCCGCCGAUCGUGCUGUCCCGGACUCAUUGCUCUGUGACACUGAAACCUGCUCCAUUUCUUUCCGAUGUCAAGGUCUCCUGGUACCGAAUUUUGGGUUGCAAAGCAGAAGGAAGCUAUGGAAAAGUCAGGAUAAACAAUGACCACCUCCCAAAUUCAGGAGAAGUGAUCCCAGCUGAUGGUCAAAGCAUUUUUGAAGUGAAAGGUUUAGAAACCAAUGAAAUAUACAUAUUUGCAAUUGCUGCCUAUUCUUCAAAUGGGAAGCUUAUUGGUGAUGCUAUCGGGGAGACGACUAAGCCAAUUCUGAUUUAUCCACCUCUUUCUGCUCUGACGGCUCGGACCUUCCUGACGCAGGCUGCCUACCGGAUGGGUAACUAUGAGUUGGCUAAGAGAGUUUUUGUACCAGUUUGGGAUUAUUUUGUUGCUUCGCCACUCCAGGAUGACCAAUCUGUUGUUAGUUUAAGCAACGGAAUGACUGUCACACAGAGAAGAUUAUUUCCAGAUAUUUUGGCUGAAACGUCAUCAAUCCUUUUAUACCUAUUCCUUAGGAAUAUUUUUGUAAUAAGUGACAUUAAAAUCAAAGAAGAAAACCUCUUUUGUGAUAACAUUAAAGGCAAUGAGAUGUUCCCCUCUCAACAAAUUGCUAGACUAAUUGAAUGUGAAAGAGUAUUAGUGGCCUUGGACCUCAGCACCUUUCUAAGUGAUUCCAGUUUUGCCCUCCAAGCUGUGACUCAGUGUUAUGGCCUCCUUGCUCCCAUCAUCUAUCACAAUAUUGUUUUGGUACCUGCUGUCCAGAUCUUGAUAAAGUGCAUAGUGGUGUUGCAAGGACUACCGACCAUUGGCUUCUCAAAGAAACAUACUUUCAGCUUUGAGAGUGUGCAGCACAUGAUAGCUUGUUGCAUCUUCUACACCACAAAGAUUCUGCGCUCAUGGAAGGAAUACGAAUUGGCAGUAUCGAUCAUCAAUUAUGGGAAAAAGAUGCUGGACCUCACAUCAGGGUGCAGAGCUCUGUUCGGUUUUAACGAUCAAGAAGAAUUUUCAGAUGAGGGUCCUUCUAAGAAGAUUUCAAAGGCAAAGAAGGCUCAUCAGAUAGUGGUGCCUGAAAAAAUCAACGAGCAGCUGGCCCUGCUGGAAGCGAACCUCCUGAAACUGACCAAGCAAUAUACCACCACGGAGCUCUCUGGAACAGAGGAUCCGAUCUUCCUCUACCCCAUCGUGUUGAACUGGUCGGUGAAGGGCUCUGUGCGGGAAGUUAUGAGAUUUAAGCAGAGACCUAGAUUCCUGGAAUUCUUUACACAAGUUAUGCUAAAAUGCAUAAACGAGGAACGAUUUUCCCUUGUCCUGGAGGUCACAACUCCUGUCCACGACUUCUUGAAAAGGAGGAAUGAGACCCUACUUGGAACCAGAAGGCCAAGAUUUAAGGACAAUAUUUUAAAUAAAAAAGCAAACAAACCUGUUAGGAAGUUUAAAGCUAUAGUAAUGGAGAUUGGAAAAGUUACAGAAAUACCACCAAAAAGAAAAUAUAAAAAAAGGGAAACGCUAAGAGAAUUUUUUUCCAGAAAUCCAAGUAUUUCUGAAAUGGCAGAACAAGAAAGAAAUAAGAGAGCUGAUGUUAGAAAAGUAGCCUAUCAAUUCUUGGUGGAUAAUAUGAACCCGAUCAUUCUAAAUCAUGUCAAAAGAAAGCGGUUUCAUCAAAUAUAUCUGGAGGAGAUGCCCUGGAGAUCUCAGAUGAAUCUGCAUCUGGCAAACGCACAUUUCAACCUGUUCCUACAAAAGCUAGGGGAGCGAAUGAAGAUGAAAUUUGGUCCUUCCCCAACAAUGGUCAGCUUCCGGUCACUUGAUCCUAACAUGUUUGCAUUAUAUAAUUCAGGAGCAGUAUUACCCACAGGAAAAUUUACUGUAGAAAGUUAUAAGGCAAUGCUUGAUUUCCUUCUGACUGCUAAAAAACGAAGGGCUAAUUUGCCAUCAGAUGCCGAUGAAUUUUCUGUGUAUAUGAAUUACCAAAUGGAUGAAAAAGAGAUUCCCAGGAUGCAAACAGGUUCUGACACGGACUCUCAGUCGGGUGUUAGUUCUAGGGAGAAGGACCGAACAGGAAAUGCGAGCCUACCAGACCAUUUCACAAAAAUCUUUCUCUAUUGCAGAAGAGCCAUGGUCCUUGCUCACCGUGGUGGCUACUGGACUCUGCUUCAGAACUGCUGUCGGGCCUUUUGGAACUAUGCGCACGCUCUACAGAUAAUCCUUAAACAAGGAUUUGAUCUUUUUAAAGUCCUUCCUAUGAAUCAGGAUAGCUUCCUCUGUAUUUCUGUGUUACCAUUCUAUCUGGGAGCAGAAUUGCUUAUUGACAUGUUAAUAGAACUUCAAAACAUUGAUUCUAUUAAGAUUAUUGAAGACAAAGGAGAGUUCGAUGUUGCAAGCUGUUAUGGAAAUAUUAAAAAUGACAACGGUGGUUCCAGCUUUCACUUUGAACAUCCUUUAGAUGAUGUGAAUGUAGUUGAUUUGAAAUGGAUCCAUAACUUUGUGUUAAAGGCCCUGGAACUCUUAUAUCAAGUGGAGAAGUGGGAAGCAAUAGUGUCUCUGGCCAUUCAGUUCAACCAGGUUUCACAUGAGAGGUACACAGAGCAAGUGACGCCUCUACUGGUGCUUGCUCAGCGGCAGCUUCAUCUCAGAAUACAGAUGCUCAAUGGCCCAGAUGUUUCCCAACAGCCUUGUGGAAGGUAUGAGGCUGAUAACAGGGAGAAGAUAACCUGCCGAAAUUUCCUUGGGAAACAGCUCAAGAUUAAUCCACCACGCAAUAUGGAGCUAUCUGCAGGAAGCUGGGUAGAUGUACUAAGAAAGCUUAUCAGCUUAGAGUACAGCCAUGCCAAAGAGCUCGCCAGCGUGCCGGUGGACGUGGAAGACACUUUGAAAUGCUUUAGAGAGACCUUGGAAAAAUCCAAGUAUCACAACAGAUCCAUCCGGCACAGCAGAAAGUUGCUCUUGCUAUUUCUUGCUCAGACACAAGGUAAACCAGGGGGAAUAAACAAUACAAAAUUUACCGCUGGGAAAGUGGAAUUUUGUCUGGGAACGGAGGAGAUGCACUUGCCAACGCCCCCUGACCUGUUCCAGGAACACUUCAGAGUUUUCAGUUCUGUGGAAAAAAGCAAACUUCCGGCUUCACAACUAGGACUUGUCAUUUCUUCUUAUUACAAAACUAUUGAUGUUCUCCAAGUUAGCAAUCAAAUAAGUCUGAAAGUCCAAGCACUGCAUGAACUUGGGAGUCUUUUCAUCUUUGCAGAAAAGAAAAGGGCUGCCUUCAAGUGUUGGUGCCAGGCUCUCGAUGACAUGUUCAGAAGCUCCAACGUGCUGCACACCUGGAGAGAAUUUGGCACGUCCCCCUCUAGACCCGCUGACAGCUUUUCACCUCCAGGUUUCAAAGACUACAGUGAGGAAUUUCUGUCAAAAGUUGGCAUUUGGGGAUGUUUGCAAGGAGCGGUCAUAUCAGCAAAGAUAGCACAAUUUAUUAAGACAUCGAAUGUCAAAGAGAGAGUCAACUGCUGCAUUUUGUCUGCAUUGCUCUUUCAGGGUUUGCUGAGAACAACCCUUCCACAUCUGAAAGCCGAGCAUUGUUAUGCUCAAUAUGAAAUCACUCAGCUUCUUCCAGGCAUUGAGCUCUUCGCAGAUAGAUUCAGGGCUGACAUUUGCUCUGUGGUUGCCAGUCUUUACUACAUUAUACGGGAACUUCACUUUGCCAAGCAGAAUAUAACUGUUCUGCCUCUCCUAGCGUUGUACCAAUACUUUGUGUCCAGAGUUUGCCAAGAUGUUGUCAGAAGCAUAGAAGCAAGACUCCUCAAGGUGGAAGUACUUACAGAAUUAGGAUUAUUUUCUGAAGCCUUUUAUGAAAUGACCCAGAUUUUGCAAGGGAAAAGCAUUCCCUCCACAGUCCCUGCUGGCCACAAACCGACGGGAAAAGCAAAGAUGUUCCAAUCAUUUGACUCAGGAAAACCUCUUAAUAGCCGAGAAAAUAUACAGGCACUUGAUGAUUUAUUAAAUAAAGGUGCACCUAUAUUUCUGGUUACAUUUGGUCAACAUCAUCUCUUAAGCAAGUUUUCUUUGGUCCGAGCAUACUUUCUCACAAGUGUGGCUGCAACAAUCAAUUGUAUCUCAGAAAGUAUAUUGAAGACAUCCCUGCAAGGAUCUGUUUCAGAGAAAAGUAAAGGAAACCUCUUAAACAUAAAAGAGCUACUCUUAAAGGAGGACAGUGGCUCACAUACUCAGCUUAUACGAGCUAAAGAUGAAUUCGUUCUGAGCAGGCUAAAGUCAGUUUUAUUGAUGGACGUGGAAGAGAAACUCAACUUCCUUCUAUCAGAGGUGGAGUGUCCAACAGGCAGGGACCUCUGUCAGUUUUCUGCGGGCAAGUUGGAGGUCGUCGUGAAAGCUAGGCUCCUGAUGGCUGCCAUCGCCUUGCAGAAACACCGGGCAGCAUACAGUGCUGCAAUAGUACUUUCCACACUCAAACUCCUCCAGGAUUCAAAAAUUUUUAAAAACAAAGCAGUGCCAGUUGAUGCAAAGGAUUCCUCUCCUUCACUAUCUUCGAGCACGGAAAAUAAAGAUAAUAAUGAAUUUUUAGAUCCGACUUCCCUAAAUUCCCGAGAAUACUUCAACAUCCACCUGUGGCUGAGGUGCCGCUUAGCGCUGGUGACUGCGUUCACCGCACAGGUCCGUGGCAUCGUCAUCGUGAAAGAAAAUGAUAUGACAGAUUGUGUGAGCCUCAUCAAGGAAGCCUUCAUGGAGGCCCAGAACGCAGGCGACGAGGAGCUACAGGCUGAAUUCCUGAUGCAAGCGGUAAUCCUUGGCCUGCAAGAAAAACACUUAAAAGCAGACAUCAUCAAAAACCUUCAGGAUAUAAUACAUUUGCUUGAAGGAAAUCACUUUCUUUCUCCACGAUCUCGUUUAACCCUGGCGAGAAGCUUACUUUUGCUGGAUGACUUAACGAAAAUGGAGAAAUUCAAGGAACCCUCCUCUUCAAAAACAGAUCUUUUAAUUUUGUUGAAUCGAUCUCACAACCUUCUUAUUGAACAGAUGCUAACUUUGGGAGAAACAAUUGAAUUUCCAGUAUCAAGCACUGAAUAUGCAAAUCCAUUGCAGCCUUUGAAAAAUAUCUAUUUUCCUCAUGUCAUGCUAUUGGCCAAAAUAAAAAUGAGAAUCGGACAUACAAUGGCCAAGCAAAUAUGUUCUACCAAUAAAAAGAAGGACCCUUCCAAGUGGUCACCUGCCCUCCAGCUCUUCCAAGUGGCCUUGAAGCUCUGCAAGCUCUGGGCUACAGAAGAAAGCGAGGUGGAAGCGGAAAUUCUGUUUCAGAAAGGCAAAAUAGAACGUCAGAUAUUGAUGGAACAGAAAUCUCCACACUUCCAGCUGAAGAGUUUAUAUGAAGCUAUACAACUAAGCUUGGCAAAUGACCAAAACUCAGGGUUGAUAAGAGAAUCUUACCUAGAAAUGGCUCUAUUAUAUCUUCAUCUGAAAAAGUCAAAGAGCAGACUUUCAUUAUCACCAUUAACAUUUAAGUCUUCUUCCAGAAGGCCAAGUUCUCUGAAAGAGGUUCCUGUCACUAACUGUGAACUGGCCACGUCUUUGGCCUGGAUUUCAAUUAGAGCCGCUGCGCAGGUCAGUGAAGCUGUGCUGGCCAUUAACCUGCUUAUUGGGAAGAAGGAUUCUGGCACUGAUCAAGUUAACCAGGUGGCGUCGCCAAAUAUCCCUGAAUUUGCCACUAUGGAUCUUUUGUCUUCAUACAUGGAUUAUUUGCUUGAUAAUUACCAAGUUGCCUUCCAGACUAGCUUUAUGUAUUUGUACCAAAGUGAUGACGUGAGUGAGGAUGCAGAUGCUAAAAAGAAGGCUCCGUCUAGAGACGAGAUUACAUGGAUCCUUCUAAUCCGCUACUAUAUUCAAUUGCAAAGAAUCAAUAAUAUGAGCAAACUGCUAGCGUUUACAAAGCCAGGCCAUGGAAUUGCGUUGCCAGAUGACACACUGUGCACCUCCCUUUUCAACUCUGGAUUAAUUUUGCGCCAAAAAGAAAUGCAUUUUUUCCUGAAAAGAUUCUUACAGAUGUAUUCUUCCUCUUGUAUCGAAGAAUUCCCCAAAGAACUUUUUCUAGGAUGGGAAAAGCCACCUUUUCCAGAAAAGGGUUCACAGGAGUCCUCGUUCAAGGUACAUCGUGAAAGUUCUGUCCACUCUGUCUCAUCCUCAAGAGUCCUUGCCAGCUCAUCGUUUGCGGAUAUCUUGCUGCCAGACAUGACAGUACGAGCUAUAAACAAAGAACUUUGUUUCCAGUGGUACAGCCCUCCCCUGGAAGGACCCCCAAAGGAAGCGGAGCCCAUGGUUUUAUUAUUGUAUGCCUAUAACUUGAAGCCGGUGAAGUUUUCAGAUGUGAAAAAUCCCACUUCCAGCAGUUUAUAUGUCGGCUCUUUCUGGGUCCCACUGAACAGUGUUAUUUCAGUUCACGAGAAACUAUUUAACAUCGCACAAAUAGCUGGAAUCGUGUUGCCAGCAGUUCCCGAAGUUACUUCAGAUGAAAGCAGAACUGAAAUAGAAGCAGGAGAGAAACCAAUUGAUGCAGAAAUAGAAAGCAUGAUUAUUGAAUGUUGCUCUGAAAUAACAUCUCUACUUCUGAUGGAUAGAGAACAGCUACCACUAAGGAAGGUUCCAUUCGAUCUUGCAAUGCCAGCUAUAUUGAAUCUUGAGAAGCUUUUUGACCUGGCAAAUGGUUGUGUCAUACCAGCAGGAAGUCUUUUCGACUGGAUUGUGUCAAUUAUUUCCUGAACUUUUUGUAUAUGGGAUGAAGAAAGAAAAACUGAAAAUUAAAUCAAGAGUGUGACAGCAGACUGAGAAAUUGUGUAGCAGUAUCUUUCACCCUUUGGAGAUUUGAUAAGAAGAAAUAGUUAUAAUUCUGUGCAUUUCACUUGUGCAGAGGACCCACAGACGUGGACCUUGCCCCAUCUGAUCACUACUGAUAUUUUUCCAAGUAUUCCAGAUAUUGCUUUGAGUUUUUCUCUUUUUCACCUGCCCUUCUGUAGCUUCAAGUUUUAGCUCCCGCUGGGAGAGUUUAACUACUUUCUUUUCAGUCACGGACAGAUCCAUAUAGCUCUUCAACUUGCCCUCAGUUUGAUCAACUGAUCUAUGUUCUCAUACAAGUCACUUUGGCUUCUCCACUUUCCCUGUGUUCUGGGGAAAAAAUUUUUUUUCAAGUCCAUUAAAAUCAUAAUCUGAUUUUUAAAAUGAGUAA